AUGGGCCUCCCCAAGCUCCGCAUGCUGCUGGGCCUGCUGGCGCUGGUCAUGAUGGCGGCCACGACGACCGCGGCCAUGACCAUUGACGCCUCCUCGGCUUCGGCUUCUGCCUCGGCCUCCACCUCGGCCUCCGCCUCGGCCUCCGCCUCGGCCUCCACCUCGGCCUCCGCCUCGGCCUCCACCUCGAUGCCGGAUGACUCGACCCCCGGGUCGGACCUCCCUCCCCCGGAGGAGGGCUCCAGCAGCUCGGACUCCGGUUCUCUCCCCCCCCCGCCGGAUGAGGUGAACUGCCGGUUCCAGACCUUCGACCCCCGGUCCAACCGCUUCAUUCACUUCCCCCACCUGGGCAAGAUCCGCCCGACCAACGAGACGUCCGACUUCAUCGCUGUCGACCUGUCGAAUGAUGACUACAUUGCCUACUUCCGCAUUUGCGAGCCGGUGGUCCUCCCCUGCGCUUCCAAGCCCGAUGCCGCCACCGAGAACACCGACGCCCCGGCCUCCAUCGAGGCCAACACCGCCUCCUUCUGCGAGUACCGCACCUCCACCGCCUCUUCCACCCCCAUCGGCCGCCUGUCGUCCAUGGAAAUCCACGGCUACCCGAGCGCCGACAAGACCCGCGGCGUGCUGGUCUCCUACCGCGGCGGUGACAGCUGCUUCGACCCGGACCUCAACAUCAUGACCACCUACCAGGUUUUGAUCACCAUCGAGUGUGACCCCCAGCUGGAUGUCCCCCUCACGCACCUGACUGCCUCCAACCACCUGAACCGCAGCCGGCCCUGCAGCUACACCCUGUCGGCCCGGUCGCCGUAUGCCUGCCCGGAGUCCUCUUCCGAGGAGGAGCCCCUCUGCGAGGCCCAGACCGAUUGCGCCUCCUGCGCCAAGCUCCCCAACUGCGGCUGGUGCUCGACCACUCGUCGGUGCAACUUCGGCUCCUCGCUCGGGCCGCUGGAUUACACGUGCAAUGGCACUCGCAGCUGGAUCUUCGGCUCGAAUGACAAGUGCGUCGACUGCUCUGCCAUCACCAGCUGCUCGUCUUGCAGCUCCUCCCCGGAUUGCAUCUACUGCUCCAAGACCGGGUGCAUCCCCCUCUCGGAGAAGGGCAACUGCAGCAACAUCCUGUCGUGCUCCUGCGACCAGCCCUGCAACCGCGGCUACUACUGCCCCCCGGAGGGUGGCAAGUGCCACAAGGUCCCCAGCACCGCCGGCCUCUUCAUCGGCGGCAUGAUCUUCUCUCUGGUCCUCGUGGUGGCCGGCUUCUUUGGUCUGUCCUAUGCUCGCAAGCGCGGCAUGACCAUGGGCUCGGUCCUCGGUGAGGAGGGCUCCGCCGGUUCCCCGGGCGAGGGGUCCUCCAUCGGCUCUGACACCCACCGCUACGACAAGCUCUAA